AUGGUCAAACAUAAAGACCCUGGUAGUCCGACUAUCACUUGUAGGAUUGGCGAAACUUUUGCUGACCAGGCCCUAUUGGAUUUAGGUGCUAGUGUGAACUUGUUACCUUAUUCUGUGUACCAAGAGUUAGGAUUAAAUAAUUUGCGAAAAACCGAUGUUAGAAUCCAAUUAGCUGAUCGAUCAGUUAAGAUUCCAAGGGGUAUCAUUGAGGAUGUGAUUGUCAAAGUGGAAGAUUUUUAUUAUCCAGUCGACUUCAUUGUUCUAGACAUCCAAUCUACUCAAGGUAAACAGAUUCCCAUCAUUUUAGGUCGACCAUUCUUAGCUACCGUCAAUGCAUUGAUCAAUUGUAGAAAUGGGAACAUGACCUUAACCUUUGGAAAUAUGAAAGUCGAAGUGAAUGUGUUUAGUUUGAUGAAACAACCCCCCGACUCAGAUUUUAUUGAAGAAGUUUGUCUCGUUGAGUCGUUGAUCGCUAAAACCUUUGAGCAAUCCUACCCUAGGAAUCCACUCCACCAAUGUCUAGCUCAUUUUGGUGCUGAUUUUGAUGAGGAUAAUUAUAUUGAAGAGGUCAAUGCCUUAUUAGAUUCCACUCCAAUCUUUGACAUACCUAAGUACCGACUCCACUUUGAAUCCUUGUCUUCACCAAAUCACCCUAAAUCUGAAACAGUGAAAGAGUCUCCUAAAGUUAAAUUAAAGCCUCUCCCUGAGACUUUAAAAUACUCUUACCUAAGUGAAUCUGAUACUUUUCCUGUGGCGAUAGCCUCUGACCUAACCCAUAACCAGGAGACCCAGCUACUUGAGGUGCUUAGGGUGAAUAAAGAAGCCAUAGGUUGGUCUAUUGAUGAUAUCAAAGGCAUUAGUCCUUUAGUGGUGCAACCCCAGAGGAGACUGAAUCCUAACUUGAAGGAAGUUGUCCGUACUGAAGUUAUCAAACUCCUUGAUGCCGGUAUGAAGUCCGACAUUAUUGUCGUUCCCAAUGAUCGCAAUGAGUUAGUUCCUACCCGUGUCCGAACAGGGUGGCGAAUCGCACGACCUUUGACCCAUCUUCUAGCUAAGGAUGCCCCAUUUGAGUUUACUGAUGCUUGUCACUCUGCUUUUGAGCAAUUAAAAUCCGCUCUCACUACUGCACCCAUAAUCCGACCACCUGAUUGGAACCUACCCUUUGAGAUCAUGUGUGAUGCAUCAGAUUAUGCAGUCGGAGCUGUUUUAGGGCAAAGAGUUGAUAGAGCACCCUAUGUCAUCUACUAUGCUAGUAAGACCCUGAAUGAUGCCCAACUCAAUUACUCCACCACUGAAAAGGAAUUGUUGGCGGUAGUGUUCUCAUUUGACAAAUUUUGCUUUUAUUUGAUAGGAUCUAAGGUCAUCAUUUAUGCCGAUCAUGCUGCGUUGAGGCAUCUUCUCUCCAAAAAAGAUGCCAAACCUAGGUUGAUACGAUGGAUCUUACUCCUUCAGGAAUUUGACCUUGAAAUCCGUGAUAAGAAAGGCUCUGCGAAUGUAGUAGCUGAUCAUUUGUCUCGUCUAGCUAUUGAUUCGAUUAGUAAUUCUCUUCCCAUCUCUGUUUAUUUCCCUAAUGAGCAACUUUUUGCGGUAUCUCCUGCACCAUGCUAUGCCGAUAUUGUCAAUUACAUUGUCACAAGUUAA